GAGUCGACACUUCAGGAACAUACCUGUGAAUGAAAAAGAGACUUGCCUACUUCAUCUACAUGGUGAAGGGUAAAAAGAGUAGACUGGACCAGAAAUCGGAGGGUGGCAAGCAGCUUGAGUGAGGAUGAAGCACAUCUUAAAGGAAUGAAGUGUAAUGCUUGAUGCACAGGUGAUAAUCUGCUACAUUUAAGCCCAUAAAGACUGUUAAAUAUUAUUGUAAAUAAAAAAGUUUUAAUGAUGAAAACAAAUUAAAAAAAAAAAAAAAGAAUGAAAUUGGAGAACGUGGGACCUCACUUCCUCCGGACUUCUCAUUGGCUAAAACAAAAAACUCGCCCGGCCUUCGGAUUCACAUUGGCUGAAGUCGAGGGAAGGUGGUGUCUUAUUAUCCUCCGGGUCCCUCGAUGGCUAGUGGGAGAGACUGGUACGUGCCCCGCUCCGGGGACUAAGCCACUUAUUUUUAAAUAAAAAGUCAAGGACUUGGCGAUCGUUUCCCCAGAAGCCAUGGGGCCUGCCGUCGGCCAUUUGCUCCCCGGAGGCCCUCGAGUCUUGCUGAGCCCGGGAGUUAGGAGACGCGAACGGUGAGGGAGCCCGGAACGAUUUCUUCGCGGAACCAUUGAGCCGACGCCACUAGGAGCACUUUGUGGGACGAACGGUGGCGGGCCAGGCCAGAGGCGCAGGGAUGGCGGCGGAGGCGGCCGAUCCGGGGCUGGGGCCCGCCGUUCCCGUGGAGCUGCGGCGGGAGCGACGCAUGGUGUGCGUGGAGUAUCCGGGCGUGGUGCGUGACGUGGCUAAGAUGCUGCCGACUCUGGGCGGUGAGGAAGGCGUCUCCCGGAUCUAUGCGGACCCCACCAAGAGGCUGGAGCUGUACUUCCGGCCCAAGGACCCAUACUGCCACCCAGUGUGCGCCAACCGCUUCAGUACCAGCAGCCUGCUGCUCCGCAUCAGGAAGAGAACAAGGCGGCAGAAAGGGGUGCUGAGCACUGAGGUCCACCCCGAGGUCACAUUUGACAUGGAGAUCCUUGGCAUCAUCUCCACCAUUUACAAAUUUCAGGGGAUGUCUGACUUCCAAUACUUGGCCGUGCAUACGGAAGCAGGCGGCAAGCAUACGUCAAUGUAUGACAAGGUACUGAUGCUCCGGCCGGAGAAAGAGGCCUUCUUCCACCAGGAGCUGCCACUGUACAUCCCCCCACCCAUCUUCUCCCGGCUGGACGCCCCAGUGGACUACUUCUACCGACCAGAGACCCAGCACCGGGAAGGCUACAACAACCCCCCCAUCUCGGGUGAGAACCUGAUUGGCCUGAGCAGGGCCCGGCGCCCCCACAAUGCCAUCUUUGUCAACUUUGAGGAUGAGGAGGUGCCCAAGCAGCCACUGGAGGCUGCAGCCCAGACGUGGAGGAGAGUCUGCACCAACCCCGUGGACCGGAAGGUUGAGGAGGAGCUGAGGAAGCUGUUUGACAUCCGUCCCAUCUGGUCCCGGAACGCUGUCAAGGCCAACAUUAGUGUCCACCCAGACAAGCUCAAGGUCUUGCUUCCCUUCAUAGCCUAUUACAUGAUAACAGGCCCCUGGCGCAGCCUAUGGAUUCGAUUCGGGUAUGACCCCCGAAAAAACCCAGACGCCAAGAUUUAUCAAGUCCUUGAUUUCCGAAUCCGUUGUGGAAUGAAACACGGUUACGCCCCCAGCGACUUGCCAGUCAAAGCAAAGCGCAGCACCUACAACUACAGCCUCCCCAUCACUGUCAAGAAGACGCCCAGCCAGCUUGUCACCAUGCAUGACCUGAAGCAGGGCCUAGGCCCAUCGGGGACGAGCGGUGCUCGGAAAGCAGCCUCCAGCAAGUAUAAGCUCAAGGACUCCAUCUACAUCUUCCGGGAAGGGGCUCUGCCACCCUAUCGGCAGAUGUUCUACCAGUUAUGCGACUUGAACGUGGAAGAGCUGCAGAAGAUCAUCCACCGCAAUGAUGGGGCAGAACAUUCCUGCACGGAACGGGAUGGGUGGUGCCUCCCUAAGACCAGUGAUGAGCUCAGGGACACUAUGUCCCUCAUGAUCCGGCAGACCAUCCGCUCCAAGAGGCCUGCUCUCUUUUCCAGCUCAGCCAAGGCCGACGGCGGGAAAGAGCAGCUGACUUACGAGUCUGGGGAAGAUGAGGAGGAGGAUGAGGAGGAAGAAGAAGAGGAGGAGGAGGAUUUCAAGCCAUCGGACGGCAGUGAGAAUGAGAUGGAGACAGAGAUUCUGGACUAUGUGUGACAAGGCCUGAGGCUGGGCCUCCCUGACCAGGCCAGACUGGUGUGUGGCCUAAUGAGGGAGCCAGGGCUCCCACUGCCACCCACAGUGCCCAGUGGCCCUAGGAGGCCCUCUGAGGAGAGCUGGCGUCCCAGCAAAGGGUGCAGCUGACUCCAGCCCUGGCUGUGCCCCACUGCUUGGUGCAGCCUCUGGUCCGUAGGGGUUAGGGACAUCCCCAGAGGGUAUGUCCUGACCCCGCCACCCAUGAACCAGCCCAGCAUCCAGCCAGUGAGCGGGCACCCAGUGCUUCUCAGGCUGAGACCAGCAAAGGCCAGAGGUGGAGCUGGGCAGCUUGGGGGCCAGGCCGAACGGCAGUCUCCGCUUGGCUGUCCCGACUGUGGUGGAGAUAGUGUGGGGAGCCUGGUGCGUGGUCCCAGGUGGCAGGAAGCGCCCUUGGCUCUGGUCCCAUGUGUUCAGCGCAGCUUUGGCCACAGCCAGGCCUUGCUGGAAUUGUUCUUAUUAAACCAACUUCCUGA